GGAGUCUGGAUAUACCCCGCCCCCUCUUAUCUUGAGCCUUUUGGGGAGAAAGAGGAGCCUACCAUCAUCAAGCAUCAACCAUGGUUUCUUCGUCAUAUAUGCAACUCUCUCACACCUCCUUCCACAUCCCACCUGAAAACCUUAGAACACCUCGAAAUCAAAUUGGGUUUAGUGCAACUUCAAGACCCAUUUGGGUUCUUCGUACCUGUAAUCCCAUUUCUUCCUCCUCUUCUUCUUCAUCCUCAUAUCAUAUUCUCCGGAAAUCCGUUCCUUUGGCAGCUGCAGUCGCACUUCUCUUCUGGUCAAAUCCAGUCAGCGCUGGAAUUCUGUCGGGCUUCUCAGGGAUAGAAUCGGUCCCCGGUCCUCAGCUACCACAAAUCGAUUUCCUAAACCGGUUUAAUGAGGAGAACCAGAAGAAGUAUGCAGAACUGGAUGAAAGAUUCAAAUCAUCUCCAAUCCUCAAGAAGCUGUUGGAGCAGUCCAAAUUGAACAAAGAGAAGAAUCGCCGAGAGAUUGAAGACAAGUACUGCUUAAGAGGGGCGGAGUGGGGUGUAGGAGUAUGUUCCACAGAGGGUAUGACAGCAGCGGAGAAAGAGAACUUCAUUACAAUGUUGAAACAGAGAGCUGAACCAAAAUGAACCCAAUUUGUUGCUUGUUGAUAAUGAUAAUUUUAGUGGUUUGUCAAGGUGGCGGCAAGUCUGCGAAGCGAUUCAACUUGGGAAACACGUCUAAAGAACUUCUUUUUAGGCUUAGCAUAUCUCCUUUCCUAGUUAUAUCAUAUGAAUGAGGGAGGGGUUCAACAUACAUUUCCUACCAAACAUAUUCCAACUCCAAGUUUGAAACCAAUGAAAAUUAACAGAAGGAAGGUUUGGAUUGUUUUCAGGUUCAGCCAAAUCUGGUGCCCAGAGUGCAUUUUGCUAAUAUUUAUGUUUUUCUGAUUGUUAUCAGUUCCUGCUUUUUUUUUUUUCAUUACCUCUAUUAUUGAAUUUGAAGAAUGGAGGAAAAUGAGAAUGUAUGCAAUUGAAUAUGUAUUGUCUCUUUGUCAUCUUAUGGUCUAAUUUACAGAUUGUUCACUCCA